GACGUCAGUGCCAAACAAGCGUAGGCGUGUCAAUUUUGACGUGUAAAUUUACAUGACGAUAACUAAAGGGUCUAAAUAUUUCCAAGUCUAGGGGUUUUCGUAGUAAAAAGUUAAUUUCGUUAGAGAAAAAUCUCCGCCGGUAUUAUUUUCUUUCCUCUAGAAUGAUUGGGUUCAAAAGGGACAGCAAAAAAGACGAGGAAGAUGGAGGUGGAAACCCCUUCCAGAACCUGGAGAAAACCACCGUCCUGCAAGAGGCAAGAACUUUCAACGAGACGCCGGUCAACCCAAGAAAAUGCACUCAAAUUCUCACCAAAAUUCUUUACAUCCUCAACCAGGGUGAGAUCCUGGGCACUGUUGAAGCGACCGAUACCUUUUUCGCAAUGACCAAGCUGUUCCAAUCGCAUGACGUCAUUUUGCGCCGAAUGGUCUACCUGGGCAUCAAAGAGCUCGCACCCAUCGCCAAGGACCUUUUCAUCGUCACCUCGUCUCUGACCACCGACAUGACAGGUCGUGAGAACCUUUACAGGGCCGCUGCCAUCAGGGCACUCUGCAGCAUCACUGACGGCAACACGCUCCAGCAAUCCAUCGAGCGUUACAUGAAGCAGGCAAUCGUGGACCGCAACGCAGCCGUGAGCAGCGCCGCCUUGGUCAGCAGCCUGCACAUGACCCGUUUUGCCGGAGAAGUGGUCAAGCGCUGGGUCAACGAGGCGCAAGAGGCCAUCAACACGGACAGCAUCAUGGUGCAGUACCACGCCCUCGGAGUGCUCUACCACAUCAGGAAGACAGACCGACUGGCCGUGACCAAACUGGUGGCCAAGCUGACCAAGUCCACCAUGAAGUCGCCCUAUGCCCUCUGCAUGCUGAUUCGAAUCACGUGCCGUCUGAUUGAGGAGGACGAUGUUGGAACCAACUCGAAGCUGUUUGAAUUCGUGCAAAGUUGUCUGCGCCACAAAAGCGAGAUGGUCAUCUACGAAGCUGCGCACGCCAUCGUGAACAUGAAGAAGACAGGCGCCAGGGAGCUUGCGCCAGCAGUCAGCGUGCUUCAGCUCUUCUGCUCCUCCUCCAAGCCAACCCUUCGAUUCGCUGCCGUCCGCACCCUCAAUAAGGUGGCUAUGACGCACCCAGCAGCGGUCACUGCCUGCAACCUGGACCUGGAGAGUCUGAUCACCGACGCAAAUAGGUCCGUCGCCACCCUGGCCAUCACCACUCUGCUGAAAACGGGCGCUGAAUCGUCAGUGGACCGCCUAAUGAAGCAGAUAUCGAGCUUUGUGAGCGAGAUCAGCGACGAGUUCAAGAUUGUCGUCGUGAAGGCCAUCAGAGCGCUUUGUCUUAAGUUCCCUCGCAAGCACUCUGUGCUCAUGAACUUCCUUUCUGCCAUGCUGAGGGAUGAAGGUGGCCUGGAAUACAAGGCUUCCAUUGCCGACACCAUUAUCACCAUUAUUGAGGAAAAUCCUGAAGCCAAAGAAACUGGUCUGGCUCACCUUUGCGAGUUUAUCGAGGACUGCGAGCACACGAGCCUGGCGGUGCGAAUCCUGCACCUGCUUGGCAAGGAGGGGCCGCGCACCAAGCAGCCGUCUCGCUACAUCCGCUUCAUCUACAACCGAGUGAUCCUGGAGAACGCGCCGGUCCGCGCCGCCGCCGUGUCCGCCCUGGCCCAGUUCGGCGCUUUGUGUGCCGACCUGCUGCCCAACGUGAAGGUGCUGCUGGCCCGCUGCCAGAUGGACACGGACGACGAGGUCAGGGACCGCGCCACCUACUACAGCGUCAUCCUCAACUGCAACGACGCAGUGCUCAACAACCGGUUCAUCGUGGAGAACACGCACCUCAGCCUGCCCACCCUGGAGAAGUCGCUGCACCAGUACACCAUGCAGCCUUCCGAGACGCCGUUCGACGCCAGGACCGUGCCGGUCGCGGCCAUCUCGCCUUCCGAAGAGGCCAGGUUGGCUGCUGCCGAGGAAAUCAGCACAAAGCCUAAGGUGGCAGUUGCCCGUGCUGCGAUCGCAACCAUGACGAGAGAGGAGACGUACGCCGAAAAGCUGAGAAACAUCCCGCAACUGGCCGCGCUUGGUCCUCCUUUCCACUCGUCGCCGGCUGUCGACCUCACCGAGUCCGAGACGGAAUAUUUGGUCAAGUGCGUGAAACACGUGUACGAGCGUCACCUGGUGUUCCAAUUCAUCUGCACCAACACGCUGAACGACCAACUGCUAGAAAACGUGCGCGUGCAUCUAGACCCUCUGCCAGAAGGUUUCGUGGUCGCCGCCAACAUCCCCUGUCAAAGGCUACCUUACGGCGAAGCGCAGUCGUGCUUUACAGUUCUCACAUUCCCUGAUGUGCUCGCCAUAAGCGUUGGUUCAUUUGGUGCCGUCAUGAAAUUCUCUACCAAAGACUGCGACCCAGCAACUGGACUUCCUGACUCUGACGACAGCUAUGAUGAUGAGUACAUGUUGGAAGAUUUGGACGUGUCUGUUGCCGAUCAGAUGCAGAAGGUGGCCAAGGCAAACUUUGCUGCCUCUUGGGACGAGGCAGGCGAUGAGAAUGAGCUUGAGGACGUGUUUGCCCUGACCAGCAUGCAAACCCUGGACGAGGCGGUGAAAAACAUAAUUCAAUUCCUUGGAAUGCAGCCCUGCGAAAGAAGCGAUCGAGUGCAAGAAGGGAAAUCUUCUCACACGCUCCUGCUAUCAGGGGUGUUCCGCGGAAACCACGAUGUAUUGGUGAGGGCGAAAUUGGCCCUCUCGGAAGGAGUCACCAUGCAGCUCGCCGUGAGAUGCUCCGAUCCGGAAGUGUCGGAAUUAGUCACAAAUUCGGUCGGUUAGAAUGCUCCUCACAUUACCAGCGCUGAUUGAUUGAUUCAAGAUUUAUAUAUAAAUUAUGUUAGCGAAACUAUUCAAUAAAACGCUUUGUUUUAA